AAACGUUUUGGAGAUUCAGAAAGUGUCUCCUUGAACCUCAUCCAUGGCUUCUCUACUGGCCAACGGCCUUCCACGCUUCUCUCCUUCCGAAACCCCGAAAUUCCCAAAAGGGUUUUGCCCUAAGCUCGAAUCCCUAAAAUCCCUUAACCCCAAAACCCCCAAAAAUCCUACCUCCAGUGUCUUCAAGGUUCGGGCUGAUGUCGGGUUCGAAUCCAAAACCAUCGAUUCCGAUUCUCCAACUGCUUCCCCAGGUAAGCCCGCCACUUCUAGCACCGAUGAUAAGCUUCAGAAAAUCCUUAACCGCGAUUACAAGUGGGGUUGGUUUGAAAACAUCGACUCGGAUGCGAUUCCGAAAGGGCUUUCCGAGAAAACGAUUCGGAUGAUUUCCGAGAGGAAAAAUGAGCCCGACUGGAUGCUUGAAUUCAGAUUGAAGUCUUAUGAAAAAUUCCUCAAAAUGAAAGAGCCCAAGUGGUCGGACAAUAGGUACCCUCCAAUUGAUUUUCAGGAUAUGUGCUAUUACUCGGAACCCAAGAAGAAGCCGAGUCUGAAUAGUCUCGAUGAGGCUGAUCCAGAGCUUCUUAGGUACUUUGAUAAAUUGGGGGUUCCUUUGAAUGAGCAGAAUCGAUUGGCUAAUGUUGCCGUUGAUGCGGUUCUUGAUAGUGUAUCGAUAGCCACCACGCAUAGAAAGACCUUAGAGAAGGCUGGGGUGAUAUUCUGUUCAAUAUCUGAGGCAAUUCGGGAGUACCCGGAUUUGGUUAGGAAGUAUUUAGGAAGGGUUGUGCCCUCUGACGAUAACUACUAUGCAGCUCUGAACUCUGCGGUGUUCAGUGAUGGGUCAUUUUGUUAUGUACCAAAGGAUACAAAGUGUCCUAUGCAGAUCUCUACAUAUUUUCGGAUAAAUGCAUUGGAGACAGGCCAAUUCGAGAGGACUUUGAUAGUUGCAGAUGACAGGAGCUUUGUGGAGUAUUUGGAAGGGUGUACAGCCCCUUCUUAUGACAGGAACCAACUUCAUGCAGCAGUGGUUGAGCUGUAUUGUGCAGAGGGUGCGGAGAUUAAGUACUCCACAGUGCAGAAUUGGUAUGCUGGAGACGAGGAAGGGAGGGGAGGGAUCUAUAAUUUUGUAACGAAACGGGGUCUAUGCAGUGGGGCUAGAUCAAAGAUAUCAUGGACCCAGGUGGAAACAGGGUCUGCCAUAACUUGGAAGUACCCAAGUGUUGUGUUGGAGGGUGAUGAUACGGUUGGUGAGUUUUAUUCUGUUGCUUUGACUAAUAAUUAUCAGCAGGCGGAUACUGGGACAAAGAUGAUACACAAGGGAAAGAACACAAGAAGUAGGAUUAUCUCAAAGGGUAUUUCGGCAGGGAAUUCGAGGAACUGUUAUAGGGGACUUGUUCAGGUUCAGUCGAAGGCCAAGAAUGCUCGAAACUCCUCACAAUGUGAUUCGAUGCUUAUUGGUGAUAAUGCGGCUGCCAACACCUAUCCAUACAUUCAGGUGAAGAACCCUACGGCCCGCAUUGAGCAUGAAGCCAGCACCUCUAAAAUUGGUGAAGACCAGCUCUUCUACUUUCAGCAGAGGGGAAUCGACUACGAGAAAGCAAUGGCAGCGAUGAUUUCUGGGUUUUGCAAGGAUGUCUUCAACGAACUUCCUGACGAAUUUGGCGCAGAGGUAAACCAGCUAAUGAGCUUGAAGCUUGAAGGAUCAGUCGGUUAGGCUACAACAAUGUUUUGAUGUAUAAAAAGCUCAUGCUUGGGUUAGGAAAUUCAUAUAACAGUGUCUAAUAUAUUUCCAAACGAAAAUGAACGUCAUAAACUGGCAUGAGAAGGUCUAAUGUUUGUAUAUGCACCACACUAAUAAUGCUCAUCUACUUUUGAAUGGAAUUUUUAGUUGCUUCAACUUCAA